AUGGGAUAAAACUUUCAAAAUUUUGUGAAGAAACUAUUAGUUAUUUACCUAAUAGGAAUUAAUGUAAUUAAUUAUUUAAAUACAUUUGGAUAGGCUAACAUCAAAUAUUAACCAAAUAUUUAAAAUUAGAUUUAAAGUAGAAACUUUUUGGAGAAAAAGUAGCCGUGUUAAUAUUAAUGAGCCACAAAUAAAAUUAUUAAGUCUGA